UUUGCAGUUAAUCAUUGGUUGGAGCCACAGGAAAUGGGAGUGGCCUAUGUGCCACUGUUUCUGUAGAGAGAGAGGCAGAGGGACUGGGAGUGAGAGAGGGUGGAAGAGAGACAGCAAAGGAGGAUAAAAGAACACGAGGGGGGGUUCUUCCAGCAUCGGUAUGCCUUCCUACCUCAUUUCCACUCCAGACAUUGUUGCUGCUCCUCUGGAUAGAAAUAACAGCUGAGGUGUGUUUGAAUGUGUGUGUGUGUGUGUUUUAAAUAUCAGUGACCCUGUGCGCUGCCUACAUCCUCUCAGCUCGUGGCAGUCUGUUGGGAUCUUAUUGGGAAAGACCAGGCAGAAAGUGAAGUGGACAAGAAAGGUGUUUCAGGAGCAGCGAGAAACAAGAGGAGAAGAAGAAACAGCUGAAGAACGGAAUAAAAGAAGAAAAUAUUCCUAAUAGCUCCUGUCAAUUUAUGGAGGCAGAACAUUACACGAUAAUAUCUUUUCACCGGAACACGCAUCUGUGAGUCUGUGGAACUGAGACAGAUAGGAGGGAGCCUCAAUCUGUGCUUUCUGCAGCUGCAGCAGAUGUUGAAGACAUUUCAGGCUUUAUAGGGAGCAGAGGUAUUUCAAGCAUUAGAUAGGACUGGAAUUCCCUUUUAAACAAAGUCGCAUUUCUUCCUGUUGUUUUCAUUUUUAUGCCUUCAGCUGGGAAGUUUAUCUUUCCGGAAAAAGAAAGAAGAAACGGAAUACCAACAUUUCUGUUUCUAACUAUUUUUUUUUUGUUCGGAGGAUUUGUGGGUUUUGUGUAAAGCCACAACUGCAUGCAUCGAGGACAAACAAAGGGGGCUUCCUCGUCGUCCUUUUCCAUCCCUUCUGCAUUCAAAAUGGCAGAUGACAGCAAUCUCAGCGUGAAACCACAGCACGGAGCUCUGUGUUUGAACUGAAACUGUACAGCUGCUUUCAGAAACAGCCAGCUACCCGUCCAAACACUGGUUUCUUCGGUUCAUCCUACCCUUGAAGGGCCCGUCCGACAGGUAUUCCUGCCCAAGAUGAUGAAUUCCUCCUUGGAUCCACUGAACCAAAGCACUGCUGACCCUUCAAACGUAUCUGCUCCCUUUUGCCUGCUUGAGAUAGGCUAUUCCCAAGCUUUCUCCACCUGCCUCCUUGAAGUCUCCAUCAUUCUCCUCCUCACUGUUCUGAUUAUUUCCGGGAACCUUGUGGUCAUUUUUGUCUUCCACUGUGCCCCCUUGCUUAGCCAUCACACCACCAGCGCUUUCAUCCAGACUAUGGCAUACGCUGAUCUGCUGGUGGGGGUCAGCUGCCUGUUCCCAUCGCUGUCCCUCCUCCAUCACCUCCAGGGCCUCGACCCCAGACUCACCUGCCAGGUGUUUGGGUACAUGGUGUCUGUUUUGAAGUCAGUUUCAAUGGUGUCAUUAGCGUGUGUGAGUGUGGAUCGCUACAUCGCCAUCACACGACCUCUGACUUAUGCUUCUCUGGUAACACCCUGUCGGGUCCGCUUCUGCAUUGUUCUUAUAUGGCUCUACUCUGCUCUGGUGUUCCUCCCAGCCUUCCUUGGUUGGGGGAAACCAGGUUACCACGGAGACGUGUUGGAAUGGUGCGCAGUCGAGUGGAGGACAAGUCCAGCUUUCACUACCUUCAUUGUUGCUCUGCUCUAUGCCCCCGCUGCUCUGACUAUCUGCUUUACCUACGCCAACAUCUUCAGGAUCUGUCGGCAGCACACCCGGGAGAUCAGCGAGCGCCAUGCACGCUACAGACCCCAACAGCUGCAGGGCCCAGGACCAACAGUGGGGUCUGGGGUCAAAGACAACAAUGCAAAAGAGCAAGGACAGUUGCCCAACUUGUCCCAACCACAAAAAUCCCAACAGCAGUAUCAGCAGCCCACAUCAACAUACCCAGACAAACGAUACGCCAUGGUACUGUUCCGUAUAACAAGCGUGUUUUACAUCCUGUGGUUGCCCUACAUCAUCUACUUUCUGUUGGAGAGCGCACGGAUCUACCACCACCCCGCGGCCUCAUUUCUAACCACAUGGCUCGCCAUCAGUAACAGCUUCUGUAACUGUCUCAUCUACAGCCUCUCCAACUCUGCCUUCAGGAAGGGCCUCAAACGCCUCUGCUCCUUCUGUUUACAGCGCAGUGGCAACGGCUUCGGGGUUAGGAACACCAAAAAGGCUUUUGUCCUUUCUGUAGAGAAAGGCUGCUUAGGGCCGGGGUAUGGAUACGGACAUGGUCAAAUAGGAAUUGGCACAACAUGUCAUGUGUGAGGCACACAAGGAGAAAACCUGGUCUGAACUUUAGAAGAUGCCUGAUUCAAUUGCUGUUAAAUGUCUCCUCCUUUCAGCUUAAAUAUGCUUUAAAGAGACAGAUGGAGGCGUUGAUCUGCCACUGCUCUUUCUGUCGCAUUUAGAGGUUACACGGGCGUCCUCUUUGCACAUGCCACAGCUGGCAAAUACAGAGGAGAGGAGUCGAGCAAAGCACUGAAGGAGGAAAAGUUAAAAUGAAAAGGUGUUUGAAAAAGACAAGGGAACUGAAAAAUGUUUUACUGUGUGGACAAAGUUCAUGUAUGAAAGAUUUGAAAAAGGGUUCCCCACAACCUUGGGAGACGUGAACUACCGGUAUUUUGAGGAUGAGCAACAUUUUAUCCUUAACUUAUUUUUUAAGAGAAAUGUUCAGAAGAGCUGUACGUGUAGUAUUUAUAACAUUGGGACAUUAUGUUUGACCUGAUUAUCAGCACAUGCUGAUUUGAAUGCAAAAAAAAGAAAAGAAGGAAUGAAUGCAAACCGAACACUUGCCUGCUGGUAUAUGAAGCACUGAGGAUUGUCUGCUAAGAGCAAGCUCUUUUAAUGUUUUCACUUGCUCUUAGCCCCUCAGUAUCACUCAAAAAGGUGCAACAGUGUUUGUGCAUCAUGCAUCUGUUUCCAAUUGGCUAAAGAAAGUCAGUCAAAAAGAAGUGGAAGAAAUGAUGUCUGCCUGUUUGCAUUGACUGAACUGAUCCUGGUGUGUCAGCAUCAAGACGUGUGGACUUUUAACUUUUUGAUUAUUUAUUGAUGUUGUAAAUAACAAAAUGUUAUGUCUUCAAGUGAGCUGUUGGUUCACACAUUGGACCAGACUUUUGUAAUAUGUGAUAUAAAUUGCUACCCAGCUUUGCUGUAUGACUGUUAAUCUGAACAUUGUUGUCACAUUCCUUUAAAAAAAACAAAUCUUCAUUGCACUUUCGUCAUUUUGAUUAUGUGUGUCUUUCAUUACCGUUGGAAAGGUAAAGCAAGACGAAGAAAGGAUGUAUGCGUCACACUUAUUGCUCACAAAUUAUGGAACAUCUGUGGGCUCAUUUUUUUACAGACUUUUGAUCGAUGGCAAAAAAGAUAAGCAUGUGGAUGAAAGAACCUUGAACUGUGAUGCUCGCCCCCCUGGGACCAGAAGUAGUAUUGUAAUGAAUAGUGGUAAAUGGGUGAAAUUUCACAUUUACAUAAUGUCACAAAUCUAGGUGUAUGCUGUAUUGUGACUGCACUUAGUAGCACAUGUGCAAACACAGACACACAUGGCAAUACAGGAGGAUCACAUUUAAAUGGAAGGGACAAAAAGCCCAUUGACUCUGCCUGCAGGCCAACCAUGAAGAGGGUUCUGACCCCUCACCUCCAUGUGUGUGUGUGGGUCCGUGUGCAUGCAGUCUGUUUCCAUCAUCUUGUGACCAUGUGUGGGUUGUUUCACUCUAAUACGAUAUUUAAUGAUGAAGACCAAUAACGGGCUGCAUUUUAUCCAAACUUGUGAAAACGACCUCUAAUUUGAACAAUGGAGGCUUGUGCCACAGUUUAUUUAGCUGCAGGUAAUCUAGCUUUAUACACUUUAUGUAAUCUACCAAAGAAAGUUCAACUAAUUAUCUUGGUUUCAUAUUUUUGUAAACAUCUUAAAAUUGGAGAUUUGGAAUAAAACAGGUGGUUUUUCACACAAAGGUAGUGUAGGUUCACUGGACUGUGUUGGCUCGGCGAUGCCUUAUGUGCUCGAUUAUGACUGUUAGUAUAUGUUGCCUUGUCAAAAACACACAAAUUAAAGUAUUUUGGGGAAAUGAUUUUCCCCUUAUAUUUAUAGAGGGCUCCCCUUUAAGGCAUACGACUGUUUUCUGUUUAGCAAAUGGCACAGACUGGAAAAUGUAUGUGCAAAAUCUUUUGCAAUCAUUGUUCUUAACGUCUGUAAAACUUAAAAAAGGAGCAAACACGUCUCAAAAUUGUUAACAUGUUUGCAUGCAUUGUUGUGUGCUUGUGUGUGUGUGUGUAUGAGUGUGAGUUUCUGAACGUGUGGAUUUUGACCAUUGGCUGACUAAGACUGUUUACAGUGUUCUUGCUGGGUGCUAACAGAGUGAUCAGCUGUCAUUGCUUUAUUAGCAGCAAACCACUCCCCUUCAGAAAUACUGUAUUGUCUGAGUGUAUAUGUGAUGUGCACUGGUGGUAGUCAGAUUUAAAUGCUGUCUUAGUUUAGCUGUGAUCUGUGAAACAUUGCCAAAUAUUGUCAACUUUCCUAUUUAUACCUUAUUUUGGUCAGAAAUGGCGUGUACAGAAAUGGCGUGUACAGAAAUGGCGUAUUGAAUGUCUUAUUGUCAAACAAGAGGAAUUUAUUUUUGUAAAUGACUCUGUCUUUUCACUUGUGAAGUGAUAAAUGAUGCAGAUUCUGAUGGAGGUUUAAAGCAUGAUUAUAAUUGAAAAUGAGUGAAACUGUGUUUUAAUGAAGAUUUAUUGUACUUAACUUGGACAUUCUGUCACUAUUAUUUCCCACAGUAGGUAAUGGUACAAUUUCUCAGACAUGUUUUGGGAUAAAGGGCAAAGUGUCUUGGGAAAUUAGUUUGCCAGAACGUGAUCACAUUAGCGUUCACGGCGCACACAAACACACACACACAUUCCAUUUUUCCUAUGGGAAAACAAUCGGCUCUCAUGAUCUCAGGGGAAUGACACUCUGGAGGUGGGUGUCUGGUGGUGUAGGGCCAUGUUGGGUAGGAUUAGAGUGAACAGAGGGAAUAUGGACUCAUGGGCUCUUUUAAGAAAGACAUUUGUAGAGUAAAAUGUAGCAUUCCAAAAAUAAGAUGGAGGAAUAGAUGUUGGUGGGAUACAGCCCUUCAUGAGUUCAUAAUACAUAAACUACUCAUGAGUGAAAAAAGACUAUCAGGGGAAGUGACAUCCGUAUAAAAGACACAUAAAAUAUAUAAAAGAUAGGGAGAUUAAAGUGGUUCCUAGCUUCCAUAGCUACUAGCUGAAAAGUGUUUCGUCAUAUUUUACACUAUCAUUUCAUUCUAUUUAAAUCCCCUUUACAGAUACAUUAGAGUGUAGCUGCUGCUUUUUCAUCUCUUCUGACUUUAUAUGCAAACAGCUUUAGGUGCAUCACUACUUGUGAUCAUCUGGGCUGUAAUGACCCAGAUGAGAAAAAGCAAAUCUGAAAAAAAAAAAAAAAAAAACAUUUCUAAAGUUUACUGAAACAUGUGAAAUUGAUCGUUGUAUUGAACUGUAUCAAAACUAUUUAACACCAAGUAAAUAAGAGUUGUAUGUUUGAGGAGAGAUUGUACGGUUCUGUACAGCCUCACAUAGUAGUGCACUUCCACACACAAACGCACAACCACCCACCCAUCCAAUGGUAUUUCUUUAUCCGUCCUUGAAUCGGUAUUUGGUUUUCUUCAUUGUUUUCAAAAAGUCUGUAAAUAGGCCACACACACACACACGCACACACGCACACACACACACACACACACACACUAAUGGCUGACUCAUGACCCAGCUGUUCUGAGGAGCUUAUUCUCCUAUUAAGAUCAGACUGACCAGAGUAACAGCUCAGCCUGGAAACUUCCCAAAAGACAAUCUGCACAUGUUUCUUUUUUGUUUUGUUUUU